CCAGCCACUCUAAUCCAACCCGAGCACGCCGGAGCUUGUCAACGCGACACAACGCGAGCGUGGGUUUUACGAUCCGAUUUCACUUUCGGAGGAUUUCUCCACGUGUGAUAUGGAUGACCAUGUUCUGACGGCGCUGGAGGAUCUCAGGUAUGAUGGUCCCUUGGUCAACGAUGAGCUGUUUGCGAAGGAGAUUGAAGAUGCCAAGUCGGUCAAGUUCACGGGGCUCGUGGCCUGGCUAUCGACCGAGAUCAAAUCCCUCUGCAACCUGGAGGACCACGUCAAUGCCAUCACAGAUGUUGACGACUGGAACACAUUCUUGCUUGAGCUUAGCGCUUUCCUGAAGGAGCUGCAAUGUCCAAUAAGUGUAUUGACAGAUGGGCCUGUGAGCCAGAGGAUAGUGUCAAAAGAAAACAGGCUGCUGCUCCUUGGCUUUCUGUGCGAUGAGCUGCAGGCAGCACGCAUGAUCAAAGUGAUGAAGCCAAACAGCAGUGCCCUUCAGGUGCAGAUGGAUGAGUCACCUGUGGCCAAAGCCAUGAAGGGCAUGCUGAUUACGCUCGGCUUUGGCAAGCCACCACCAAACAUCACACCUGCACAGCUCUUCUCCAAGUCAGAGUCCAAGGUGCGCGAGUUGGUCCCGAAGGCAGGCCCCGCAGUGAUGAGCAAGCCGCUAUUCGCUGGCGGCCUCACGGAGAAGCAGUGGUUUGCGCUGGCCAAGUUGCAGGAGCAGAUGCAGGACGAGUACCGCGUGCGACGUGAGACACUCAUCAAGCGUCUCGACGUCACCAUCCAGUCCUUCCUCUGGGCUGAGCGCCUCAAGGGCAUGGAAGACAAGAUCAUGAAGGCAUACCAGCCAAGGCGAAAAGUCAUGGAGACUGAGCCCAAUGUGAGCGUGGGUCACGUCCUCGCUGCCAGAGAAGACCUGACGAUGCUGGAGAAGACAAGCGGUGUAGGCGUGCGCAAGAACACCAAGAGCGCCGUGAACCGGGUGCUGAUCGGCAUGGUGCCCGACCGGGGCGGUCGUCCCGAGGAGCAGCAGCCACCGCCUCCCGAGAUGCCCAGCUGGCAGAAGCGCUCCGACGCACCGCAGGGCGGCCGCGGAGGUGGGACAAGCUACUCAACCGGCCGCGUCCAAGGUGCCGGCUGGGACGACCAGAGGAGAGGCGGAGACGGACGAGGCGACGGGGGCUACGGCGGCGGUGGCUAUGGCCAGAGGGACGAGAGAGAUUCCAGGGGAGGACACGGUCGGGACGGAGGCUACCGUGGCGGUGGUGGCGGUGGCUACAGGCAGCAAGACAGCUAUGGAGGCGGCCAGCAAGGAGGCUACGGAGGCGGCGGCUACAAGCAGGAUAACUAUGGCCAGAGAGAUGGACACAGUGGCGGGGGAGGGAGAGGAGGCUACAGAGGGGGAAGGGGAGGCCGGGGAGGAGGAAGACAGUACGACAGAUGAUCAUGCGACACUUCGGGUUAACAUGAACAACAUGUUGUGGGGAGCAUGGCUGGGGAGUUGGGGUCUAACCGAUACAUUAUGGGCAUAGUUUUUGGAAUGUGAGAGCCCUUUUUUCGUGGGGGCACGGAUGCAAGAUUAUAAAAAUAUUUCGCUGUAAUAGCCUUCGCUGUAAAACACAUCCGCAGUAGACAAUCCCGUGAAUUGUCUACUGAGGAGGUGUAAAAUUGUAGAUGUGUAUGCAUUUAGAGACCUCCAGCGAUGUUGGAUACUUGGAGCUGAAAUUGCGCACGCAGGUCUGCUAGCACGUGUUGCAAUAGGUCGUGAAACUGAGCAUAGUCAGGCCUUUAUGACAAAAAAUGAAUGAAUGUCUGUGUAGAGAUGGGGGUGGGGGGGUUGCUAGCAGAAACGAAUUGAGCAUGGUGAAUGUAUCAGUCGGCUAGCAGAAAAUGAAAUAGAGGGAGGCCAUUUAAGAAUGUGCCUGCCACUCGUAAAUUAUUGAAUAGCGCGCAUGUUUUUUGUUGUAUGUUCCUGGUGUGCAGCCAAAGCUAUUUGUGUGAAGUGUGCGAGUGAAUUAAAGUGACCAGUGGAACUUUGCA